AUGACAAGUAUGAGUGCACCUGCGACAACAUUAGAUCAAGUUGAAAAUGAACUAAGUCAACUCAUCGAAACCCUCAUCCAUUUGGGUGUUCAGGUGCACGAUUACGCCGGUACAGCGGAAAGUCAAUUGGGUCUUUCCAACAACAUUAACAAGGUUGUAGAGCACUUGCAAAAGCUCCACAACACAGAUUUGAACAUUCCCAUCCCCGUGGACGUAGUCAAUUAUAUCGAAGACGGUAGAAACCCUGAUAUAUACACGCGUGAGUUUGUGGAGGUGGUGAGGAAGUUGAAUCAAUUUCUCAGAGGAAAACAGCUGGGCUUUAAAUACGCCCAAUCGACAUUGGGACAAAAGAUUGUCAACGAAUUUCCGGAACUCAAAGAGCAGGUGGAAAACAUAAAGAAGAGAACGUUUAUAGAAACGGUCCCCAUGGGCACAAAUUCUUCAUAG